AUCCAUCUUAUUAUCAGAAGGACAUGUUCAUUGUGUAUUGUGCCGUCAACAUGUUUACGAUCUCAACCCUACCACGCAGACUGCAGAGGAAACACCAUCAGCGCGGACCUCAUAGAGAGCACCCAAAUCGAAUCAAUCAACAAUAAGCAUUUUGGUUGAGGAGCCAAUGGUCAGAAUGCAAGCACCGUGGUUGACCGUUGUUGUGAUCAGCUGCUAUUUAUUCAUGAGAAGAAAUCUAUAUUCGCGCGGUAUCGAGGCUAUUUUCAGAACGCUGUCGAGGAAGCGAGAGGCACAGAGGGAGUGAACAGAGCUAUGGCGGAAGCAGGCAAAAGGAUCGUGGCCCUAGCAGUGGAUGAGAGUGCACACGCGGAUAACGCCUUCCAAUGGUACUGCGACCAUGUCCAGAGGGAUGACGACUUCCUGCUGCUGAUUCACGUCCCCGAGUCCUACGACUUCACUAUGGCGAUGGAGACGCUGCUGCGCGAGCUGGAGGAGAGGGUGGAUAACCUGGAGAAGAAGUACAAGGAACGACUCAUGUCACGUCGGAUUUCCGGAAAGUUCCGCACGGGAGCGGGAAAGCCCGGAGAAGUGAUCGUAAACAUCGCUAAAGAAGAAAAGGCAGCAAUGAUCAUCACAGGUACUCGAGGACUUGGGAAAUUCCGGAGGACGAUCCUCGGCAGCGUCAGUGACUACAUCGUUCAUCAUUCCAACGUCCCCGUGCUGGUGUGUCGACAGAAGGGGGAGACCCCACAGUAGGGGGCGUGUGUGAAGACGACAUGCUUGUGUUUGUGUAUACAGUAGCGUGCAUGAUGGUCAGUGUCACUACAUCACGGGUUUGUAUCGACUAGGUUCCUCCAUCACCCGCGAAUACACACGGCCCUCCCUGAACAUCCGGGUUAGAAUAAUCUUCCGCAAGCCAUGCUUGCCGUUAAAGGCUAUGUUUGUUGUAAGAGGCGACUGACUAACAGGAUCGGGUGACUAGGCUCGCUCACUUGGUUGAUGCAUGUCAUCGUAUUGCAGUAGCGGAGAUCAAUGCUCAUGAUGUCAAUCCCUGGAUUGUCCUGGACUGGUCCAGACAACUAUUUACAGAACGCCGUCAUAUAGCUUGAAUUUGCUGAGUGCGGCGUUUAAUAACAACAACAAACAAACAAACAAACAAACGAAUACACGCCGUCGCAAUUUGAAUGAAUCCACGGCCUUGUUCCAACAAGCCCAAAACCAGUGUGAGCUCAGACCAUUUGUCUCUCAGAUUACAUCUGCAAUAUUCCUCGUGCACCAUUGACCACACAUUUGCCUCUACUCUACACAUUGCUUCAACGGUAGGGUUUGAACAAACAGCAUGUAUGGAGAAGGGCACAUUGACUUUACAGGGCCACAUUUCCUUACUUAACAUAACAUUACUGAAGCCUUUUAGGGCCACUUGUUUUUUCUGUUUUUUCUUCAAGAUACUAAGUUGAAAUUUUAAGAUACAUACGUUGAAAUUUCAAGUUAAACUCAUAAAAUUUCAACUUAUUAUCUUGAAAU